UCCUGAUGAGAUGCACAUUAAAUAUCGUACAGCAUGUCUGCGCAUGAAUGAAACUUAGAAGUCCAGAUUUUCAUUUGAAUGUUCCCAUCUACCAUGCUGGUGCAAAAGCUAAGUGGAGUCACAUUGCUGCUGUUGCUGUGUCAACAUGCAUGUUUUCUCUCUGCAUGUGACGAUGCAAAACAAUCAGUGACCUGUGAAGGAGACUCUGCAUCCCUCAGCUGUGGCUCUGGAUUCAUAAAUGUCCUUUGUGCCAACUAUGGACGGACUGAUGGUGAAACUUGCUCUGCUGGGAAACCUCCUGGGCAGCUCUCAAAUGUUCACUGCUCCUCAGAAACAUCCCUCCAAACGACGGCUACUCGGUGUAAUGGAAGAGAAAGCUGUUCUGUUCCAGCGGUGAACUCUGUUUUCAAUGAUCCCUGUUUUGGGACCUAUAAAUACCUGGACGUAGCUUAUGAGUGUCUCCAAUCUAAGCAGCACAUAACUUGUGAAGGUUUCAGAGGUGAUAUUACCUGUGAGGAGGGUGUCAUUUCUGUUCAUUAUGCCAAUUAUGGACGGCGGAAUCUUGCAACAUGCCCUCAUGAAUUGGCAACUACAGCACACUGUUACUCUAAUCGGACUGACCGUAUGCGUUCCAGGUGCAAUGGAAAGAAGUCUUGUCAUGUACUAGCUUCAAAUUCGGAGUUCUCGGAUCCAUGUGUAGGAGUCUAUAAGUACCUGGAAGUGACAUUGCUGCGUAUGAGUUUAAGCAUGAUCCGCAUCAGAAGGUGAGGAAACCGCCUGGAAGAGCAGAAGCGGCACAUCCUUUUUGGCAUACUCUUUCUGUUUCUCUCGAAUCUGCUUUGAAAUGUUUUUUUUAAAAAGCUUCAUUCAAAUAAAUUGCUGGUUGAAAG